AGUGACCCUCAUUAUCAACGAGAAGACAAUCAACACAGGGGGGAUGAACUGGGAGAGAGGAAGGCAGUAUGGGAGGUGCUGUCCGGCCACAAAUCCCAGCCCUGGUCUCACUUCAUUACACAUCAAUGCUCCGUCUCUUUACUCUGCGGCUACCAUUGUUUGACAGGGCCACUGUGGGAAUCUGAUACAGUAGACUCGACUGGACAACAGCCUGUCAUUAACACUCCAUAGAGACACCGGCCACAUUCCUUCCAACAACCUGAGGCGGCCUGUGUUUACCUGGGCGCUACAGGUAUAAGAGCUGGAGUCAGGCGGGGGACACACCAGAGGAAUGCUGUAGUGCUGCACGUGGUAGACCUCUACACCAAACCAGGGUUAGAAAUUGGCACUAGUCCUAUAGUCCUUGCCAAACUGCCCAAUAGUAAAGGUAUCCUAAGGACUAGUAGAAAUUAGCGAUUCUUAAAGGUUUUGCUAUAUGUUAUCAUUAUAAGGACUAGUGGACUGAAACUGUUAGUUUCUACCGCUGCAAACCAAUGCACUUUUAUAUGUUGUGACACACCACUGGACUACACCAGCAGCACAGGAGUCCAUUUCCAGGAUUAUCAUCUUCAUCUGCUUCAUCGGAACUGCCAAAUAUGCAAAUAAUGCUACUUCCCAACUGACACAAGGUGGAGGUUCUGAUACACCUUCUCAAGAGAUUACACCAUGACAAGGCUGGAUCUUCAUCUGCUGUACAUGGGACUGUCAGUAUUACCCAUGCUAACAUCUGCUGCACCUCUCUCCAGCAAUGCAGCUUGUAAUCACAAAUUUAACCACAGUAUACAGAGGUGUUUGGAAGCUUUCCAAGACUUGUAUCAAUCUCAGCAGCAAGAAAAUGGAAUGGAUCACCUCAUUGUUAAACACCUUUGCUUAGAGUAUGAAAAGACAUUACAAUGUAUGCACUCGGCCUUGACAAGUUGCCCGACCCCGAAAAACAUCCAACGUGUUCAACACAAAUUGGGAGCUGACUGGGUGAUGGGUGUCAAUCAACUCUGCCGUAUCCAAUCAGAAAGCAGGACCGAUGAAAGUGGCAAUGAGGAUGAAAUGGAUUACUUGCCAAACACCACAAAAGAGGAAUCUCAGGAUUCAAAACAAAGUGACGAAGCUCCCACGCCAAACAGUGUAAAUGAAAGACUCAAUGACAAUAAUCUGGACACAAACGAACUUCCAGAGUCAGUGAAAGGAAAACAGGUCUCAUUCUGGAGCAAAGUGAUUCGAGUGAGACGCUUAAAGACUUCAAGAGAUUCCCCUUUGGAAAAGGACAAUAUUGAAUACAAAUUUUACAACAUAUUAACAAAUUACACUUCUUCGGCUUCAAGGAGUCAAUACUUGACACUGUUAUUAUGGAUACUGCCUACAGUAUUGUUUGUUUCGUGGGCACUGUAGUGUCAGCUCAUCAAGUCACUGUUAUGUUGAGUUUUUGUUUUGUUAUCAUUGUUUUUGCCUAUGUAAUAAACAACAUCACUUCUAAGAUUUUUGUGAUAUUG